AUGAAAGUACUGCAAAAUGCGGUGUCAACGACAUAUGGAUUCAAGCCCAGCUACCGGAAGGUGUGGAUGGCUAAGCAGAAGGUGAUUGCACAGAUUUAUGGUGAUUGGGAGGAAUCUUACAACAUAAUUCCGAGGUGGAUAAUCGGGGUUCAGAUGUACAUGCCGGGCAGUAUUGCAGUAUUGCGCACUUCACCUGUAAGGUCUGGUAAUACGGUUGAUGAGUCGAGGGUGUUUUUUCAUCGAUUGUUUUGGACGUUUCCGCCAUGCAUUGAGGCAUUCAAGUAUUGCAAGCCACUGAUAUCCAUUGACGGUACCCAUCUGUAUGGCAAGUACGGCGGAACGUUACUCAUGGCGAUUGCACAAGAUGGAAACUCGAACAUACUCCCAGUGGCAUUUGGACUUGUUGAGGGUGAGAACACUGAGUCAUGGAAGUUCUUCCUUGCUCACCUUCGCCAACAUGUGACCCCGCAACCCGGCAUUCUAGUUAUAUCUGACCGCCACAAUGCAAUCAAGGCUGCGUUAGUUGCAGAAGACGGUGGGUGGCUCCCACUGGCCACCUAUCGUGCAUAUUGUGCUAGGCACAUAGCUGCUAAUUUUGCGCUUAACUUUAAAUCCAAGGAUGCACGGAAGAUUCUGGUGAACGCAGCCUAUGCAAAGUCCGAACAGAAGCAUCAAUAUUACAUGUAG